AUGGCUGCACCCUCCGAUGCGAGCAAUGAGAUUUCAUUGGACAGCCUGACGCCAAUUUUCAAUGAGAGUUCUGCUUCAAAGCCAAUUAGAGUUGCGGGUGUAGUAACAACUGGGACAGAUAAUAUCGACCCCAGAGUACUACAGGCAUACUUAGAUGAGACUAUUUUGAAAUCCAUUACUUUGGGGCAGCUAGUGAAAAAUGCAGAUGUGUUAAAUAAGAGACUGUGCCAACAUCACAUUGCUCUGAACGCCAAACAGUCGUUUCACUUCCAGAGCAAUAGAUAUAUCUCCGAUGAAAAAAGCACACACGAUACGGUACCUUUAAUGGAGGUUGUAUCACAAUUAGAUGUACUACCUCCUAAAACAUUUACAGCGAAGACAGGGACAAAUUUUGGGAACGAUAAUGACGCAGAAGCCUACUUGCAAUUCGAAAAAUUAGUAGAUAAAAAAUACUUAAAGUUACCUACUAGAGUCAACCUGGAACUAUUGAGGGGUACAAAAAUACACUCCUCAUUUCUAUUCAAUUCAUAUUCUUCUCUUUCUCCUCAAACAAUUUUAAACCUAAAAGUUUUUAGUCAAUUUUAUAAUUGGAACACGAAUAAAGGUUUAGAUAUCGGGCAAAGAGGAGCAAGAUUAUCUUUGAGGUAUGAGCCAUUGUUCUUACACAGACUGUUACAUAACCCGCAUUCGAACGAACGUCCCACGUUGUUUCAUGAGUGGUUUUUAGAGACUUGCUGGAGAUCUACUAAGAUAUGCUCACCAGGUACUGGUGCGCCAUAUAUGUAUUCAGAUACGAUGUUAUCCCAAGCAGGCGAUCAGUUAAGGACAGUCUUGGGUCACACGUUUGUUCUGGACAAGAGAAAUCAUAUGAUGUGUCCCACCAAGGGUUCGAUGUUAAAGUGGAGUAGUGAACUUUCGCCCGGAAAACACUUAAAGACCCAAUUUGAAUUGAACAAUGUAAAAAGCUGGUUGAAUGACGAUUUUAUUACCUUCUCUACUACUUUUAGAACUGGAUACCUAAAAAACUUAUCCUCACAACAAUCUUUGCCUGUACAUAUAUGUGAUAAGUUUCAAAGUGGUGGGCCCAAUGACAUUAGGAGUUUUCAAACAUUUGGGCUAGGCCCCAGAGAUCUAUAUGACUCAAUAGGUGGUGAUGCUUUUGUUUCCUAUGGUCUCAGCGUAUUUUCUCGCUUGCCCUGGAAAAAAGUCGAAAAAUCAAACUUUAGGUUACAUUGGUUUUUUAAUGGGGGUAAAUUGAUUAAUCAUGACAAUAUGUCGUUGAGUAAUUGCAUAGGACAGCUUUCCAGGGAGCACUCUACCUCCACAGGUAUCGGUCUUGUACUAAGGCACCCAAUGGCAAGAUUUGAGUUAAACUUCAGUUUGCCUAUCACCGCUCACGAAAAUGAUUUUAUGAGAAAAGGAUUCCAGUUCGGCCUCGGCCUGGCAUUUUUGUAA